AUGCCUGGUUUCCGGUUUGAGGACAAUGGCUUGUUCGAGGUCAAACUCAUUUCAACAGCUGAAGGCCUGCUAUUUGUCAACUUUAGUUCUGGAACAAUAGAUAUACCAUUCGUGGGUUUCAAAUCAAGUCUGCCAACGCGUCAUCUGCAUUGCGCCAUCACCGGUGUUUCUAUUGAUACGACACUGAAUUGGAAAGUGAUCGCAAAUGAUUUCAAGGAGCAGGCAAAACAGGCUGAGACACAUUUCGACUGGGCUCAACCUUGGCGAAAGCAAAAAGUGGUACGACAGCUGGAUCCGUUGAGCUUGCUGAGAGAACUCGAAGAAGGAUUGUGGUGCACGAUAAGCAUAAUACCGAAAGGACCAAGGGCGACGGUUGUGAAAUUUGACAUUUUGAACCGAGCUAGCACCGUAGUGCCAGUAACACUUGUGUCAAGAUGGAAGGCGCGACUCGAGCAAGAGAUUCAAUCGGCAGCGGCCAAGUCGAGAGGGCAGUCGGCUUCAUUUACGUAUGAAUGUGGAGGACGUAUGAUCGAGCUUUCGGCGAUCCUGGAUCAGCAAGUCCGCAUCGAAUCGAUGUCGGGGACAAAGAGCCGUCCUAUGCUUCGAUUUACUGGAACUGAGAACUUCGACUUCGAAGCUGAAGCUCUUGCAGAUACUCUCGACCGACAGGCAAACCUUGCUUGCUCAAUGAAGUCGAUAUGCUCGCGAGCCGUGGAGUGGUGA